GAUGGAUAUAACGGAAAGAUUAUUAUUAUAAGCCGUGAACCUUAUCUACCCAUUGAUAGGCCAAAACUUAGUAAAGCUUUUGGCAUGAAACUUGAAAAAAUACAAAUCCGAAAUAAGGAUUUUUAUGAUAGCCUUUUCAUUACGUUUAAAUUAGGAACGUCUGUAACUAAAGUAGAUACCACUUCCAAAGUGGUCACCCUCGAUAAUGGUGAAAAUUUGAAGUAUGACUCUUUAAUUAUUGCUACCGGGGCUUCGCCACGAUCUAUUCCAAUUCCUGGAAUUGGACUCAACAACGUGUUUUAUCUUCGUACAUUCGAAGAUUAUGCGAAAAUUGAGCAAGCUAUCGGAAAAGAAGAAAACAAGAAUCUCACAAUUAUUGGAUCUUCUUUUAUUGGAAUGGAAGUGGCAGCUAUGUGCGCUAAAAAAGUCAAAGUUUCUGUUAUUGGCAUGGAAAAGGUCCCUUUUGAAAGAGUACUUGGCCUUGAGGUUGGAGGUGCAAUUCAAAAGUUGCAUGAAGCAAGCGGUGUCAGCUUUUAUCUGCAAUCUGGUGUGAAGGAAAUUGAACCCUUGGACACUGAUCCUGGGAAAGGCGGUGCAGUAAUAUUAGCAGAUGGCAGAAAGAUUCCCGCUGACGUGAUAGUAAUUGGAGCAGGUGUAGCUCCAGCAACUGGAUUCUUGAAAGACUCGCCAGGGUUUACAUUAGAAAAAGAUGGUAGUCUUAAAGUCGACGAGAAUUUCAAAGUUGAAGGGCUUGAUGAUGUUUUUGCAACUGGUGAUAUCGCAAGAUUCACAUUUCAUAAGACCGGGGAGACAAUCCGCAUUGAACAUUGGUCGUUUGCCGAAAACACUGGUCGUGCAGUUGCUGAAAUCAUUGCUAAAAAAUCGGCACCUUCAUUUAAAAAAAUCCCAUACUUUUGGAGUAAUCAACUUGGCAAGGGAAUACGUUAUGCUGGUUAUGCCACUAGUUUUGAUGAUGUUAUUAUUAAAGGAAACUUGGAAGAAUUUAAGUUUGCAGCAUAUUAUGCGCGGGAUGAUAAAAUUCUGGCAGUUGCAACAAUAUCCAAAGAUCCUUUAGCUUCUUAUAGUUCAGAACUGUUGAGGCUUGAUGCAUUUCCAUCAGCAACUGAAAUUAAAAAUGGAAAG